UCUUCUGUAGAAAGAGGAAGCCGAGAAAGGUAAGACGUAAAGGGAAUGUCCUCGUAUAAGCCAAUAACAAACACAGGCGAGUCUAGAUUGGACAUUUCGGUUCGUUCGUUUCCCCGCGUUUGGUCGUGUCCCUUGGCUUUAGACGCCUCGCGGUGAACUUCCACCGAACCCCAUAUAACACUAAUUAAGUACCUCCCCGCCGAUAGCCCCUCGACCAGAUGUGUAUAUUACGUAGAAACGAGGCAAAUCUGGUGGAUAUUAGAGAUCUAAAGCGAAGCAAGCAACAAUAGGAAAGAAGAAGAAAAAGAGAGAUAUCAACUUAAACCGACAAGUAACAUCUGCCCUCCAUUAUUAUUACCAUCAUGUGGAAACCACACGCUCCGCCGCCUGCUCGCAUCACUAAAUCGCCCGAUCCGGAGUCUGAGAAGACAGCACGUCGCAUCGCGCAGAUUGUUAAGCUAAAGCCAGAGUUUAUUGACAAAUAUAAAGAAGUACAUGCUGCCGUAUGGCCCGAGGUUCUAGAGCAAAUCAAGGCCUGCAAUAUCGAGGACUACAGCAUAUUCCACGACCCCGGUACGGGGAUCCUCUUUGCGAGUUUUAAAUAUAUUGGGAAUGACUAUACCGGCGACAUGGUCCGUAUGAAAGAGAACCCAAUAGUAAGAGAGUGGUGGGCCAUGACAGAUGGUUUCCAAGAGAGCUUCGUACCCGGCGCUCACAGUAGCGAAUCUGGCCCUCCGUGGUGGAGGGAGGUCGAAGAGGUGUUUUACUUAGAAUAGAGACAAAAUGGCAUGACCAGUUAAGCACUUUCCAUGUUAUGAGUGUACAGAUAUAAUUGCACUCAUAUAGCACUUGCGUCUGUUGACCCUAUGGUAUAUGUUCAACGAUACGUUCCGUUCAAAAUGAAAUAA